AUGAUCUACAAGACAAACUACGAACUCUAUACUACCCGGGAAAGCAUCGAUAGCCGGCGCUCGCCACCCCCAGACGAGCUACUCUCCCCGCUUGCAACGCUCUACCCGCAUGUCACAGCCCUGCAGCCGCAGUACAACCCUGAUAGCUGUACCUUCACGGGCUACCGUCACACGGGCUAUUGGGCUUCGGCCUAUACAACACAGCCGAUCGAGCAGCCGCCAUUCUCUCCACGGAGAGGCAGUGAACUACCUUGUCGCUUUGUCUCCAAACUCUCAAAAUUGCGUCGCUUUCUUAGCGGUGAGGAUUUGAGGAAUCGUCGACGGUCGGAGGCGACUACCUAA